AUGAAUAAUGAAGCUAAUAGUACCCAUAAAGUUAAAACAGAAGAUAACAAUAUACCUAAAAUACCAGUACUACGGCGAUCCGAAUCUGAAAGACUGAACUCUAUUUUAACUAUCUCACCUCCCAAAUUUUUAGAUACUAUGGCUUUGCGUUCUAAACCAAAGCAUGGACACACAAGUCAAGUAUUUUUUAAAUCUGUCAGUGAAAAAAAUUUGGAAAGUGAAAAUAAUUUCUUAAUAUCGCAAGAAACAAAUAAUGAAUUAAAGUCUCAGCAUUAUUCGAAGGACGAUGAAAAACAUGAGAACUUGAGUGACAGUAGUGAAAUUACAAGCAAAGUUUUGCAAAACUUAAGACAUGGUUUGUCAACCUCACCAGAACCGCCACCUAGAUUAAAGUCAAAAGAUCGUAGUAAAUCGAAAAAGCAGAACUAUGUGAAAGCUCGUUUUAUUAGAAAUAAUUCUUCGAGUUCAACGAGCGAUGAGUGGUCUGAUGCAAAUGAAGGUGAACAAAAAACUAUUUUGAGGGUUAAGCAAUUUGACUCUGAUGAAGCAGAUGACCGAAAUGAAAACAAAAACCUUUUGCACAUUGUAGAUAACGAACCUAAAAAGACUUCUAUCCAAAUAAAUGGUAGUGAGUGUUAUUCCACAAUGAACGUAGGCACCGACACUCCAAUUUAUUUGUCAUCGGUUGUUGUGAACGAUGAUUAUGGGAAUACUUGCAAUACAUAUCAAACAGGUACUACUGUAACUAUAAGUGUUGGAAGCCCCCAAAAAGAAAUGAAAAAAUCUAAAAGCCAAAUUUAUAUUGGAGCCAUCUUUUCCGAGGCAGGAAAAGGUAAAGAAGAGCCAAACACAUAUGAAGACAUCUAUAAUGGUUCUAAUAAAAGCUAUGAAUUGACAAGUCCUUUAAAUGACAAUUCUACGAAUGAUAUAUCGUCAAUAUUAAGUGAUCCUGUCGAAGCUGUUAAAAGAAAUUUAAUUCCUCACGUAUGUGGUAAGUCUAAUGAUACAUUAGGGGAUUUGAGUAGUACAAAACAGGAAUAUUGCGAUAAUGAUAAAGAAAAUCAAAAUCAAGGUGAAAAAGGAAACUUUGUAACAAAACUAUUUAACGAUCCUUUCUUCGGUCACUUAGCGGAAGGGCUCGAUACAGAUUUAGUCAAAAAACUUAUUGAAAACUCAUUAAUAAAACUCCAGGAAACAAAAAAUAAGGAAGACACAGAUAGCAGCAAAGCAACUAUUGAAAAGCUUAUAGAAAGUUCUCUUAAGAAUAUGAAAAGCGACCUUUCAAGGGACUCGAAAAAUGAGACACAGAAAAAUAGUGAAGAUAUUAUAUCUAACAAAAAGGAAGUUAACACAACUGGAACAGAUAUUGACGACAAUGGCUGCUCUGCUCCUUAUGAAAGUAUGGAGUACGAGAGUGGUGCAAUGGGAGUUUUUUCUGACCUUGAACCAAUGUCAGACUGUUACAAUGCUUCAGCAAGUGAGCUAUCUACUGAAGACGAUACAAACUCAACUAGAUCCAAAUUUUAUCAAAUGUUAGUAGACGCUGCUUUGUGUGAUAUUGAAAUAACAAAUACCACAGAUGAAGAUCACCUUUAUGAGUCUAUACGGUUAAACACUGACCCAAUUUAUGAAGAAAUUGGAGAUAUGCCACCCCCUUUACCCGUAAAUCCACCUCCCAAUUCACUUUUGUUGCAUGAGGAUGAAAAACGUAGUGGAUCGCGUUCAAUUUUUGAAGGAGCAUCGAAAUACGACAUUUUGUCGUAUUUAGUAGAUGCUAAAGAAAGAGGUAUUGAUGAUGAAGAUACCUAUAUAACUAGUUAUGGUAAUGAAAACGAUUCAUCCGUAUUAGUAGAAGAGUCAAAAGAUAAAAAAGAAAGUGAAUUAGUAAAAAAUCAUCUAAGGAGUAACACAAGUCAGUUGUCAAGUUCGUCUGAUUCUAGUGAAGACAACUCAUUGAUAAUUAAUCAUGAAGUGUUAGAAAAACCCGUCGUGUGCAAAAAAACAUCAGCAGAAAUUGAAAGAAAUGAUUCUGGUGUAGGUUCUGAGACAAGUAAAUCAUCACGAAGUAGACUACAAGGAAAGAUUUUACCAUGUAAUACUCUUACAGAGAAAAACGCACCCAUUCAUCUUUGUGAAGAUUGUGACUCUGCUGUGGAAACGCAAGUUACUGAGCAAGGUUCAGUGUUUGCUCCCUUAGUAUGUCGAAAGUGUGCCAAAAAGAGAGCAGAAAGAAAGGAAAUCAUAACAGAGAUUGUGGAAACUGAAGAAAAAUAUGGAAGAGAUCUUCAAAUUAUCCUAGAAGAGUUUUACAAACCAAUGUUAGUAGCUGGUCUUCUGACUCAAGAACAACUAAGUGCAAUUUUUUUGAACGUAGAAGAGUUAAUAGAAAAUAAUCAAGUACUGUCAGAAAAACUAAGAGAUGCACUUGAAAUAGCAGUUGAACAGGGUGACGAGGACCUGCUGACGGUUAACGUUGGGAAGAUUCUCUUGGAGUGCUCUGGUAUGCUGACAGCGUUCCAAUCAUAUUGUGUUAAGCAAGCGGGUGCGGCAUUACUUCUAGCAGGCCUUGAAAAAGAAAAAGAACUCCUCAGGAUAUUCUUACGCGUUUCACAAAUGGAGAACACAGUUUUGAGGCGAAUGAAUUUGAAUUCAUUUCUCAUGGUGCCAGUUCAACGCGUGACAAAAUAUCCUCUUCUCCUCUCAAGAUUAUACCGUGCAACGCCAUCAUGUGCAUCGGAAAGAGAAGAUGUUCGAGGCGCUCAGCGCUGCGUAGAGUCUAGACUUGAAGAAAUUAAUGCGGCCGCGGCAGCAGCAGCGGCGGCGGCUAGAGAUGUGCCAUUGUGGAGAAGAUUAGCAGCUGCUAGGCGUACAGCCCAUGAUUUACAUGUAGCUGAUAUACGACUUAGAAAGAUGGCUGUGGAUGUGCUAGACUGGAAUCAUGAUGAUGCUAGGUUCGCUAUGGAAGGCAAACUGCUGUUCACGCAACCGAAUGAUAAUAACUGGCGCAAGGGACGCACCAUCAAGCUAAUGCCGAUAAAUGCGCUUUUGGUUACUAACGGAAAGCCAACGACUACUCACAAAACGAACGAGAUCCGAGAGACGAGAGAGGCUAGAGAUCGCGAAGCAAGAGAAAAAGAGGGAGAAGCUCUCUUCGCGCGUAGUGGCGUGAGGGAGGCAGCUCUCCUGCUCGUUCGAGAGAAAGCCGGGCGAUACACGCUUCAACGUGAGCCGUUGUUCCUUGACCGCUGCGUUGUUGCCGCUGAUCACGAGCCCGAGCAUUUCUUUGAAGUACAUGAGAUCACUACUAAAGAUUCAUAUAUUUUUAAGGCUGAUGAAAGCACUCGCACGAGAACUUGGUACCGACAGCUCCAGUACCACGCGCAAGGCGCGGGCGCCUGGCGGAAGCGACGAAAUGCACUCGCUAAUAUUAUGAUCAAUCCAAUGUUAACAAGAAAUUAA